CAUCAUUGGAAAAGGUCACAGCACACCUCUAAAGGAAAAAAAGAGGCUACUCAAAGAUAUUAAAGCCACCCCCUUUGUGCUAUUCCAAAGCCAAUCCUUACACUUAUUCCAAACUUAAACUUGAAGCAAAGCCUAGCUAAGCAUCUCUUUUUUUUAGGGUGUCCCAAUGGAGAAUUUUAGAUCAAAAUCAACAAGAGAAAGAAGGAUGCCUAUUGAAAACUACAAUAGCACUGACAGUGGCAGUGGCAGUGGCAGGGCAGGUCCAACAAACAUGCAAGAUUUGAGGAGUUAUAGUACAUCACAUGCUUCUUAUAAUAAUAAUGAUAAAGAAGUGAAGAUCAAUAGGAGCAAGAGCAAAGUGAUGUCAUCUUCUUCUUUGAAAAACUGGAGUUUUAAUGACCCUGAAAUGCAGAGAAAGAAAAGGGUAGUUGGAUAUAAGGCUUAUGGUGUGGAAGGUAAGAUGAAAGGUUCAUUCAGAAAGAGCUUUAGGUGGAUCAAGAAUGCUUGCAACCAUGUUGUCCACGGAUUGUGGUGAUCAAUUGUGAUACUUUUCUGUAUUUGGUUGGUAAUUUUCUUGGUUUUUUUUUUUUCAUUUAUCUUUUCAGAAUUAAGCAAUUAAUCUUCUGCUAUUAGAGACAGAGUUUUUUUUUUCCUUUUUAUGAAGAAUGAUCUGAGAACCCGAUAAGUCAGAAAUCUCAAAACUCAGAUUGUUGUGAUCUUGUAAAAACUUCCAUCCUUAUGUAACAGAUUGUUCUCGUCU